AUGGCUAUGGCGGGCGAUGGCCCUUGGGCCGUCGCCGUGAUGUGGUCAUUGACCGUCAUGGUCCUAAUCUUCGUCAUCCUCCGCAUCUACGCCCGCAUGAUACUGGUCAAGGCGUUUGGAACGGACGAUUUUGUCUUCAUCCUGGCAUUUGUCUGCCUGCUCCUCUUCACCAUUUUUAUCAACAUCUCUGCCAUGUAUGGAUUCGGCCAGAACACAUUCGAUAUCCACAACGCCCACAACAUAUCCAAGGCGGUCCUCUUCGAGUGUAUAAGUCAGACGUUCAACGUUUUGGGAAUGGCUCUCGCCAAGUGGUCACUUGGCCUCUUCCUUUUGCGACUCGUGCAGCAGACCUGGCACAAAGUCGCCAUCUGGGCCGCCCUUUGGUUUCUCAUGGGCGCUUCCAUUUCUUGCCUGUUGUGUUUCUGGUUCCAAUGCUCGCCGCCUGCAUAUCUCUGGGAUCGGACAUUGCUUGGUGGAAAGUGUGAACUCAAUAUUCUGCCAGUUUCCAUCAUUCUAGGAGCGACUUGCAUCCUUGUUGACUUCUUCUUUGCCAUCUUCCCAUGGAUCUUCAUGUGGAAGCUCCAAAUGAAUCAACGAGAGAAACUUGUCAUUCUUGGUAGCAUGAGCUUAGGCAGUAUCGCUGGAGUCUGUGGCAUCAAGCGAGCAACCGAGAUUCCCGGUCUUCUGAGCAAGAACUACCUGAAGGACUCUGUUGGAAUCAUCGUUUGGUCAGCCGCCGAAAUGGCCGUGACUAUGGUCUGCAUCGGCAUUCCUGUUUGUCGCCCCUUGUAUAAGAAGUAUCUCGGGAAAUGGAGUUCCAAAGACGGGAGCAAGUACAAUGCAAAUACGGCAGGAGGGUAUCGACUACGCACAAUUGGAACCAACGAGAUGCACGACGAAAUCCGCGCAGAGUCUGUAGAUUCCUGCGCCAAGGAUGGGCAGCACAUCGUUAGGGUGGAUAAGGACCUGGACCUUCACAACUCCAACAUAAAGUCAUCUGCUAUUAGAGGGGGGUUUCCAGGAGAUAAUCAGAGUGAAGAGGAGAUUCUAGGGAUUCACUCCUAA